AGUGGAGCCAUGGAGAAGCCGGAGUCUCUCGCGUCUGUUAGUGGCCUCAGUGCGGAAUCGCCUGGGGGCGUUUCUAAGGCAGUACCUGGAGGUGUCAAAGGUACACAGACAGACUCCGGGCCACCCUCCGGAGUAGCCUUGUUUUGCGGUGCUGGCCCCCUCUUGCAUACCGGAGCAGGCACUGUACCUCGCCGUCCUGGUCCAAUCCAGCCCUCUGAAUGGGCAAUGACCCUCAGUUCCGGACCCAGUGCGCACCUCCGGGGUCCUGGCACUGGAACUGGGGCAAACAGGGCGUCCAUCCCAGGUCCGGGGGAGCCUAAAGUGCACAGCUCGGAGAGCAGUCCGCAGUCCGGGUCAACUUUCUUGCACUCUCAAAACUCUGAGGAACGGCCGCGGAGCAUCCUAAAGAACAGCAGCUCCAUCUUGAUGAAGAAAACCUCCAGUGGGGAGAAGAAGUCUCAGCGUUGGGAUGAGAUGAAUAUCUUGGCUACCUACCACCCUGCUGACAAAGACUAUGGCUUUAUGAAGGCGGAUGAGCCCAGCACCCCCUUCCACAGGCUGCAGGAUGAUGAGGACCCAUCUGCUGGGUCUUCUCUCAAGGUGACUCCUGCCUCAUUGGCAGAGAGGUUUGCCACAAUGGACAAUUUCCUCCCCAAGGUCCUCCAGUAUGGAGACAACAAAAACUCAAAGACUGCAGACAGCUUUGCCAAGACAUACUCCAGUGAUUUUGACAAGCACCGAAAGAUACACUACAGUGAGGGGAGGCUCCUGAAGAGAAACCUGCCCUCGGCUGAGGAGGAGGGCAACAGCGCAGCCGGCGCCAGCGUCAGCAGCAGUAGUCAACGUUUGACAAUGGACCAGAAGCCCAGGCCUGUGGAGAAAGGCUGGGCAGGGAUCAAGAAUGGCAGUGUCCUGGUGACCAGCGAUACUGCUGCCUACAGAAACCCCUCGGCGUCAGAGUCCACCAUCAGGGAGACUGUGCCGCUGGCCCAUCUACAGCGCAAGGAGUAUUACAGCAAAGGGAGAUACCUGAGAUCCUGUUCCCACCCAGAGCUCAGAGACGACCUGGAAGAUGAAGAACAGGACAGUGAAACCUUGCGGCUCCAGUGGACUCAGGAAAAAGAAACUAGAUCAUGGAAAAUGUAGCCAGCUGGGGGUGAGGUGAGGGCAGCCUUCCCCAGCCCUUACCACUCUCAUGGUGGACAAUAAAGAGAACAGCAGGAAUCUGAUGCUGGGAGUUGGCUGUCCAGACUAGGAGUGUGAGGGGGUCCGUACACAGUGGACAGGAAGGCAGAGCCGAGAGAAGGAAGCGGAGAGCAACCAAGGGACGGGGCUCCUAAGCACGUAGGGGCUAAGGCAGCAAAGGCACAAAUCUGAAGACAGUUUGUUCUAGUACUGAGACCCUGUUUCAAACAUUAAACCUAGGGUUCUAAAAGUC